CGGCGGGGAGAAGGGGAGGCGGCGGGUCACUCUGACAGCGUUCGGUCUGCCCGCCGCCAUGUUGGUGAGGGCGGCGGCGGCGGCGGCAAGCUCGCCCGGGUUGCUGCGGCGGUUGUGGCGGGGCGGGGGGAGCGGGGCCGCCGCUUGUUUCCCGCUGGGGCGGGCGCUGCUGGACGUGCGGGGGGCGGAGGCCGGCGUCUUCCUUCAGGGGCUGCUGACGAACGACGUCACGCCGCUGGUAGCGGGGAACGGCGCUCCCGCCGCGCUGUAUGCGCAUGCGCUCAACGUGCAGGGCCGCUGUCUGUAUGACCUCAUUCUCUACAGGCUUCACGAGAGUCCAGAAGAAGAGCCACACAUCCUGCUGGAGUGUGACAGCGGCGUGCUGGACACCAUACAAAAACAUCUGAAACUGUACAAGAUCCGGAGGAAAGUAAACAUCACCCCUUGCCUUGACCUCUCUUUGUGGGCCGUUGUCCCCGGGGAGCGGGCUGGAGACAUUGCCAGUUCCCUCGCUAAAUGUGCAGACCAGGCUCUGAUUUUAACUCCUGACCCAAGAACAGAAGUCAUGGGCUGGAGACUGAUUGCAAAGAAAGGAGCAAAUCUAUUGGAGAUUAUCCCUGGGAGUCAUAUUGGAAACAUUGAGGAUUACCACAGGCACAGGUAUAAACAAGGAAUUCCCGAAGGUGUGAAAGAUCUCCCUCCUGGAGUAGCCCUCCCACUGGAAUCAAACCUAGCCUACAUGAAUGGCAUCAGCUUUACCAAAGGCUGUUACAUUGGACAGGAGUUGACAGCCAGGACCUACCAUAUGGGUGUCAUUCGCAAACGUCUGCUGCCAGUCCACUUUUCAACUCCUCUUCCCAAGGACAGCAUUCCCGAGGGUGCCGAGAUCUUAACCGAAUCGGGAAAGUCGGCCGGCAAGUUUCGGGCUGGAGGAGGUGAACUUGGUAUAGCUUUGCUGAGGUUAGCUAAUAUAAAUGAACCACUCUGCCUAAAUAUAGCGGGUAAUAAAGUGAAGCUCACUGCAAGUAUACCCGAGUGGUGGCCAAAACCUGCUAGUAAAUAAAUGAGGAACCACCACUUGCACAUUUGCCUUAUUGAGAAUGUAUUUUGUGUGAUAAGUUUGGGAAGGCGACUCUGCCUUCGGCUGUUGUUUGUGGUGUUUGAUGGGGGGGCAUUACAGGAUUCUUCAAACUGGAACCUAAACCAGCGGCAGGUCGCUGAGUACAGGAGGAUAAUCUGUUAAGUGUUGUGGAGAGAUCCGUACAGGGUACGCAGGGAAGUGUACCUUUUCCUGAGGGUGCCCUGUAUUUUUUUAGGGGGUUACACAUGUCGUUGGGUUGGAAUUGCUGAAUUUUCAGUCCAGCACUCGCUCAAUCUGACUGUGCUCUGCACAGCGUGCAGUGUGUGUUCAGACUGAAGCGAGUGACGGGAGCAGGAGUUUCCCCAUUGUGUACACUGAGUGUUUCUGUUCAGAAUAACCAUUCUGUGGUAGUGUAAUUUUUUUUUUUUUAAUGGAGAGCAUGCUGCUCUCACCUUGCCUAAGAUACAUACUCAGGCUAAAGUGUUCACUGCAAAUUACUCCUUGCAUUGAGCUUCUUCUUAAACCUGCUGAUUGGGUGGGUGUUUUUCCCACCACUCUAACUGCUAAUUAUGUUCAGGAAGAGGAAUGCCUUGUACUCCACAUUUCAGACCUUGAUUUUAGUAAGUCAUCCCCGGUGGGAAAGCUCUCAAAGAUCCUGGUCCCCGUCUUCAGCGCCGGCAGAGGGAGCACAGCCAGCAGCAGCCAGCUCCUCUGCCCUUCCUGACCUCGGUCAUUCACGCUUCCUUCAAACAAUUGUUUUAGAGAGGAAAGUGGUAUUUUACAGAAAUAAGGUGCACUGGUGCGUGCCCUGGGGUGACUGUUGUAUUGGUGUGCUGGUGCUUGGCAGAAUAAUCGCUUACUAGAAGCACGUGCCCUCCAGUUGCCGACAACAGUUGAGGGGUGGAUUUUUUUGGCAUCAACAUCUUUGCUCUGUCAUCUUGUAGAAAAAUCCUCUGCACUUUCCUGAAGCUUUUGGCAGGGGUUUCCUCACUCCCUCCACAAAGCUGGUGAAGGGACAGCGUCUCCCCAUCUCGGACCUUGGCUCCGUCCCUCAGCGUUAAGCUGCAGUCCCUGGAGAAGGGGUUAAUGCCACACGUGCUCUUGGCUUAGCCUGGAGUUCCUGAGGGAGGAUUUUCAUCACAUUCGCUUCUCUGGCUGCUUCAACUCCACGCUUGUUCUGAGAAUUCUCUGUACCCCUCGUACAAAAACCUCUCUGCUGCCGUCUCCAGCUGAGGUUUUCUUCAUCCACCAUCCCCUCUGGGUGUUCAGAGCACCCCAGUAUUUCAGCAUGUCUUUGCUGCAUUUUUCUGGCUCCCGCUCCUCUUCUGUCUUUGCACUUUUUCUUGCUUCUGCAGUCAAUGUAUUCCCCUUUGCCCCCUGCCCCAAAGCCAACCACCUCUGUGCCUGCUAACCCUGCCAGUCUGCAGUAAUUUACAGCAGCCCUAUGUAUUUUUGUAUUACAAUCAAUCCAUUGCACGCCCGCUCUUAGAACGGCACGUGUGUGGAAGGGAGUGAUGAGAGAGAUGAGCAGGUGAUAUCCCAUGCAGACCAAAAAAACACUUCUUGCAUGCAUAUUUGUGAGAAAAAACGUCCAAAGCACAUUCUACCGAUGUUUUGAUGUCACUGUUACUGUGAAAGGAAUUUAUCUGUGAAAAAUGCUCAUAUUGGUUAAAACUCUUUAUGCUUGCUGUAAAAUGAGUUUGUGGAAUAUCUCAUUAAAAGUUUAUUGUAUCAGUAAUUUAAAGGUGACUUGUCUGAAAGAGAAGAGACGCUACCUUUUAUUUACCUUAUGUGAAGAUACACAACAGAAUACUUUUUUGGGUAGCUUGCUGACAAGAAAUGUGUCUUACGCUGUUCGUCACCCCUUUGUCAGGUUUGAGAUUGCUAACAAAGUCUUUCUGCUGGAAAAAUAAAUGAAACGGCAGUGCCUCGCCCUUUCUGGAUCCUCCGAGAGUGACAAAGGCGAGACUGUGCUGCCCGUGUUGAUGCCGCUUUGCCAGAAGCAGCUUUUCCUCUCUGCUGCCCAUUGUGCAAAGC